ACGCUGCUCUGCUAGACUCGCAUCGCACGACUAGACUCUUUCUGCAUCUAUUCCGCAUCACCCGCAUCCCACCGCAUCUGCAUCAUGUCGCUCGCCCAGCCCAUCACCUUCAAGCACUCGGGCCUCACGGCGCCCACCCCGACGCUCAAGUCGGCCAUGACCGAGCGCAUCUGCACCUACGACGACAAGGACCUCGCGUCGCGCGGCCACACGACGCCCGAGUACAACCGCCUCUACGAGGAGUGGGGCAAGGGCAAGAUCGGCGUCAUCGUCCUCGGCAACAUCCCGAUUGACUACGAGGGCCUCGAGGCCAAGAAGAACGCGAUCAUUGAUGCACGUUCGUCCUACGACCCUGUCGAGAACCUCAAGCCCGCCAUCAGCGCGGCCAAGGCGCAUGGUUCCCUCGUUAUUGGUCAGCUCACUCACGGUGGUCGCCAGGUUUCGGAGGAGGUCACCAAGACCCCGGUCUCGUCGUCUGACGUUCAGUGCCCGCCGAUGGGCGGCAUGACGUUCGCCAAGCCUCGCCCUCUGACUAUCGAGGAGAUUGACGCCCUCGUCAACGCCUGGGGCUACGGCGCCGAGGUCCUGUACAAGGCCGGCGCGCACGGCGCUCAGCUUCACGGCGCCCACGGCUACCUCCUGUCGCAGUUCCUCUCGGGCCGCGUCAACCGCCGCACCGACGACUACGGCGGCUCGCUCGAGAACCGCUACCGCAUCGUCGGCCGCGUCCUCGCCGAGAUCCGCCGCCGCGUCCCGGACCAGAAGUUCAUGCUGUCCAUGAAGCUCAACUCGGCCGACUUCUCGGAGGGCGGCAUGACGCCCGAGGAGUCGCGGCAGGUGUGCGCGUGGCUCGACGAGGCCGGCAUGGACCUCAUCGAGCUCUCCGGCGGCACCUACGAGUCGGGAGCGUUCAACCACAAGAAGGAGUCGACCAAGAAGCGCGAGGCCUACUUCGUCGAGUUUGCCGAGGCCGUCAAGCCGUCGCUCAAGUCGGCGACGCUCUGCGUCACCGGCGGGUUCCGCAGCCGGCGCGCGAUGGAGGAGGCCAUCAAGUCGGGCGCCACCGACCUCGUCGGGCUCGCUCGCCCGCUCACCGCCGAGCCGUACCUGAUCCGCGACAUGCUCGACGGCAAGACGGACGCCGCGCGCGAC